AUGGUGAUGCACAAGAAUCAAGAGGGCUCAGCUGUUUUUGAGAUGUUGAAUAGGGCUCUGGAAGUUGCUCGUCGAGAGAAAAGAGUCACCGAAGAGAGAAGCAUAAGAAUACUAAUUGCUCAAAUGCAUGUUGUAAAGGGAGAGUUGGAGGACGGCCUGAAGGAAUUUCAAGAUCUUAUUGAUGAGAACCCUAGGGAUUUUCGGCCUUAUCUUUGUCAGGGAGUAAUAUACAGUCUACUUGACAGAAAGAAGGAAGCUGAAGAGCAGUUUGAGAUAUAUCGAAGUCUUGUACCUGAAGAAUUUCCACAGAGAGUAUUCCUGGAUGAUGUUGUAUUGGCAGCAAAAACAGAACCAAGGCAAACAGUUUGA